AAUGGGACAACAAACCGCCCAAACUAAAAAGGUCUAUUGAAAAGUCCUAAUCUUACUAGAUCUCCUACUCGUGCUCAAAUCUGAAGUCCCCUAACUUGUUAAUUUAUUCUUUCGACUUUUAGUUAGUGAACUUACAAGUAAAGAACUUAUUAAUCUUUCCCCAGACCCCAACACUAACAUUUUGCCUAGCUGGGCAGAGGUUCCCGAAAAAGAACAAAUGGCCAUAGAAGGAAAAAGUAAAACCCUCUAUUGUAUGGCUUAUGGAAAACCGCCACCCACCAUAACUUGGAAGAAAAAUGGACGACAGAUUGUCUCUGGGCAGAAUUCCUUUGAGAUCCCAAGCCACUACCAUGGAAGACUUCUGACCAUCACUAAUGUGAGCAAGACAAUUCAUCAAGAUGUGUACACUUGUGAGGCUACAAAUUCUCUGAGUAAUGAUCAGCCGUUAAUUCGCACCAUCAACUUGGUAGUGAAAGUUCCUCCAAGAUGGACUAAGGGCCUUCCACCAAGGAAGAGUGAUGUUAUCAUUGAACGAAAUGAAACUAUAGACUGUACAGUGACGGCAGAUCCUGAAGCAACAAUCAUGUGGUUUAAAAAUGGAAAACCAUUGCAAUCAUCAAGUGUUCACUUAAUAGUGGAUGGAAGCAAAUUACAUCUCAGAGAUGUAAAUCUCACCAAUGAUGGUGUUUACCAAUGUGCUGCAGAAAACAAAUACGGAAUGCUUGUGUCUGCGACUUGGGUUCAAGUCAAAGCUUGGAAACCGUCCUUCGCCGAUGGGCAGUUUGGUCCUUUUUCCCUGUUGCAUGGUAAUGAAGGUAAACUGCAGUGCAAACCGAGUGCGGAGCCUCGACCAACGUUCCAGUGGUUUAGGAAUGGUGUCCUCAUCUCUUAUGGAGAGAACAGUCGCUAUACGUUACAAAAGGACGGUACACUGGUGAUUAAGAAAGUAGAGAAGGCCAAGGAUUCUGUGAAUUACACUUGCAAGGCUCAGAACAUGAUGGGCCAAGAUUCAGCAACAACAGUUCCAGUUGUGCUUGUUCUGCCAAGUUUCGUAACGAAACCUAGGAACCAAUCAGCGAAUGAAAACGAAAGGGUGACAUUCUAUUGCAACGCCAGUGGUAACCCAACACCAACGAUAACCUGGCUAAAAGACGGAACAAUUGUGCGUACAGGAAACACACUAAGAUUCGAUAAUACUUGGCGUUCUCAAUCUGGACGAUACUGGUGUGAGGCACAGAAUGGACUAAAUGUCACUAUCAGAACCAGUGCCGAUCUUAAUGUGCAAUUUCCGCCAUAUUUCACAAGGCGACCAACUGACCACUCCGUGAUGGAAGGCCAUGAAGCUUUAUUCUACUGCACUGCUUCUGGGAAUCCAAGCCCGAUGAUAACGUGGCAUAAAGAUGGCAAGAUUGUGGGCACAGGGGAGGUACUGAAAUUUCUUACAUUCAAGAAUAAUUCUGGAAAAUAUUGGUGCUCAGCGGACAACGGUUUGGGUUUACCAAUCAACACUAGUGCUGACCUUAAUGUGCAAUUUCAGCCACGUUUAAUCGCCAAACCACGAGACCAGAGAGUGGUCGAGAACACUACAGUGACACUUCAAUGCAGUGCCACUGGAAACCCAACCCCGAAGAUAACAUGGACUAAGGAUGGGCGGAAUGUGGGGACAGGAAGCAAACUGACCUUUGUCGCCUUGAGGAGUCAUGCCGGACGAUACUGGUGUUCAGCGGACAACGGUUUAAGUGCAGGCGUCAAAGCAAAUGCGUAUCUUCAUGUGUUCUCUGUUCCUUUGCCUCCGACAAAUGUUAAACUAUCAGACUGCAAAGAUUGGACUGCGAAACUAUCCUGGGUCCCAGAUCCCUCAGACAAUGCCUCCAUCACUCACUACCUGAUUGAGCAAGAAUCGAGUGGGAACCCCGGGGUGUUCUUAUCACUGCUUACUGUUACUAACCCCAAUACAACAAGCGUCUUCUUAAAGCUGAGUAAGGGGUCUGUGCCACGUUUCCGCAUGAAAGCAGUCAACAGCGUUGGAGCUAGUCGCCCUAGUUUAACAGCGGAGACCUCUUGCAAGAGCAAUGAAACUAAAGUUGGUGCGCGGCAAAAUCAAGAAACUCCUAUCUACCGCACGGCUUGGUUUCUCACUGUGCUUGCUCUCGUCGCUUGUGCGAUCUUGUUCGCGUCGCUUCUUGUUCUCUACCGUAAAUACAAAGGAAAAGGCGUUAAAUACAAUGUUGCAAAACGCGAGAAAAAACGAGGCUGUAGAGACGAAGUACCACAAUCCGAAGAAAAAAGCGACGAAGAAGGAACGAAUAGCUUAGUUGUGGACUCUGAAAACACACCACCCGAUGAAAAACCACAACAGUUAAAUCGCCGCCCAAGACCGACCUCAAAUUACAGUCUUUUUGAGGUGCAAUUCGGUGAAGAUGCCUCUUUUACAGAGGAAUAUGGCGACCAAGAUGAAAUGUUUCAACAUAUCCAAGGCACGUUUGUUUGAACUGAGGAGUAUUUAACCUUGAACCCAGAUUUCCCACGGCUAAGUGUCAAAUAGAGUGUGGUCUGGGAACGAGAUUAAGGAGUAUAACGAGCUUAAAAUGUCAUGCUACAAGAAGUAUACCUUGAGAAACAAUUGCGAUGACAAAUGUCCACGACUACUGAUCCUAUAAGGAACAGCAAAAGAGUAACUGUUACAAUUUCACACUACAAGAGUUGCGUUUCAGGUGAUGAGGAUUAUACCGUGGCAAUCCUAAAUGAAAAGUACUGUAUAAAAUGACAGGCUACAUAAAGCGUUGUGUUACACAUGACAAAUAGUGCAUCCCUUUGGGUCGAUCUGGAUCAGGAUCAAUGAAUGAAGACCAUUCAGAUCAUAGUGUGUCAAAGGAACUGCUGAAUCCACUCUGGACCAGGAUUCAUCAGUUGCUUUGAUGUGCCAAGUGAUCUUUGAUCACUGAUCUCAAUCCGGAUCAUCCAAGAGGAAUUUUCCCAAAGAUUAAUUUUGUAAAUAGAUGUGUAAAUUUAGUUAAGUUUUACUUUUGGUAUCAAAAAAGCGUUGAAAAAUUUAAAUGAAGGUAUUGGUCCACUACAAAGCCAGGAAAUACCAUCUUUCGGAAAAGAGAAAAGCCACUUGUAAAGUAAGGUUUGAACUUAUUUAAAUAUUCAUUUAAAUUAAAGCCAUGUUCAGUUUGUUUCAGUUAAAGAAAAAAAAUUGAAAGAUAUAUCAUUUUGUAUAUUACAUAUUUAAAAAGUUUGAAUAAAUGGAUGACAUUAUUGAUGAACUAUAUUUCAUCAAGCCAGCUGAGGAAAGUAAUCUGUGCUUGGACUAGCCUCCUUAAGCAGACUUUCUUUCAUCACUGAUCACUCAGGCCAGUCAAGAUGUGUCAAAAAGAUGCCUUCGCAGGAAGAUAUGGCAUAGAGAGUUAUAAGCACAAUCGCUCUAUAAAUUGCAAUUUAGCCUGCAUUUAUAUCAUGUGCUAUAUUAUUGAACUUGUGCACAUGAGUCAAGAAUUAAUAGAAGAGAUCCAGAAGGCUUAAGUUGCCUUGAAUCA